AUGAGAAGAAAUACUAAUCAAAAUAAGAAAAACGCCCCAGUUGUUCAAAAAAGUGUUUUCAAUAACCUUGAUUUAGAUAGCAGCAGUGAAGAUGAAAAACAAAUUGAAGAAGUUACUGCAUCAACUAAAAAUUUAAAUGUUCAACAACCACAAGUUCAACAACCAGAAGUUGACUCAACUCCACGUCCAUACAGUGGUGGUUUUAUUAGUACUAUGGAAAUUCCAGAAUAUUACCCAAUUGAUUUUUCAGAUAGAGCUCAAGUUACUUUUAACACCACAUGUUUUGUUAAACAAUCAGAAUAUGAUAUUAUCAAAGAAGUUUUAGAUAAAUUUAAACCAUUUGUUAAAUUAAAUAAUAAUGUUUAUGAAAUUUCAAAAUCAUCAAAAAUUACUGGUAAAGCUUUUCAAGAUUUCCAAGAUGAAUUAAAAAAAACCAAAGUUAAAUCAUUAAAUAUUAGAACUAUUUUAACAAUUAAAUCAAAGAAUCCAGAAGAUUGUGAAGAUAUUUCUAAAUGGAUCGAAAAACAAGUUGCAAACUUUGUACCAUCAAACUAUCCAACUAAAGUUUCAACCUUUGUUGUUUCACAAAGUGCAAAUUUCACAUUUAAAUCAAUGAUUCCAAACUUUGAUUCAAUUAAUGUCCCAUAUCAAUUAUACGAAAGAGCUAAUGCUUCAAAUGCUACUGUUACUCCAUCAACUAGUGAAGAAAAAGUCAUCAACAACAAUAAAAUUAUUGUUUGUGACGAUGAAUCAUCAUCAAAAGAAAAUAUUGUCGCUGCUUUAACUGCUCCACUUUUAGAGGCCAAUCAAUCAUUAGUUGGUGCUGCUAAUUCUGAUAAGAAAAUUAAAUGCUCACUUAAAUUUGGUAACUCUAUUUUCUACCAACUUAGUGCUACUGCUUUCUUACCAGGUUUUUCAAAAGAACAAUUAUCUCAAAUGGAAACUUAUAAGGAUUUCCGUUCAAAACAAGAUAGUAUCAUCAAAGAAUCAGAUUUCAAUACUAUUGCCAAACACAUUAAAGAUAGUUCAUCAAUUUAUCAAGCCAAGGAAACUGACGCCACCAUCUAUCGUGUAUUCAUUGGUAAUUACAAAGUUAGAUUAGUCAAUGAAACUGAAGAAAAACUUAAAAUUAAAGCUAUCUCGCAAUUAGACGAAAGAGUUGUUACUCUCGAUACUGUUUAUCCAUCAAAUCUUUCCAAUAAAGUUGGUUGCAGAGUCGCUAUUUCAAAAAGUAAAAAUAUCGAAAAAGAAACUCUUCCAAAGAAUAUUUUAACUUUCUUAGAAUCAACCACUAAAGAUAAAUCUGGUAAUUAUCUUUCAUUCCCAUCAGAUUUCUACAAGACUAGAAGCUUCAGCAAAUCACAAACUACCUUUGUUAACAAUGAAACCAAAAAUGUUAUCCAUUUGGUCAAAAUUACCGAAGAAAAAAGAGAUGAAGUUUACUAUUCAAUUAGAAUUUCAAAUCCAUUAAUUAAAUUUACAAACAAAUCAUCAGAAGAACAAUUCAAACAAACUUUAGAUUCAAUUUAUUCUGAAUAUCAAUCAUUAGUUAAUAAAUUAUAA